GAAAGAAAGGAGCACAAAAAACCAUUCAAGGCUUUUAGUGUGCUUGAUUUUCCUUGCUUCUUUUUCCCUUUUUCCUUUGAUAAGAUCAUGGGUUCAAUCGCAUCCCAAAAGCCUCAACCUCAUGCAAUUCUUGUCCCAUACCCUGCACAGGGGCAUGUGAGUCCCCUAAUGCAGCUUGGCAAGCUCUUGCACUCCCGAGGCUUUUACAUCACUUUUGUGAACACUGAGCAUAAUCAUAGACGCUUAAUUCGCAGCAGAGGUCAGGAAUUCAUUAACGGCCUUCCAGAUUUCAAGUUUGAAGCUAUCCCAGAUGGCUUGCCAUAUACUGAUCGUGACGCCACCCAACAUGUCCCUUCACUCAGUGAUUCAACCCGAAAGCAUUGCUUGGCUCCUUUCAUUGAGCUAAUUGCCAAGCUAAAAGAAUCCCCUGAUGUGCCUCCAAUUACUUGUAUAAUCUCAGAUGGAGUGAUGGCCUUUGCCAUUGAUGCUGCUCAGCAUUUUGGCAUACCAGAGAUCCAAUUUCAGACUACCUCAGCUGCAGGCUUCAUGACUUAUCUCCAUCAUUAUGAGCUCGUCAGAAAAGGCAUCGUCCCAUUCAAAGAUGAAAGUUUCUUGCAUGAUGGCACUCUUGAUCAAACAAUUGAUUGGCUUCCUGGAAUGCCAACCCUGAAACUGAGGGACAUGCCUAGCUUUAUCAGAGUCACUGAUGUGAAAGACAUAAUGUUCGAUUUUAUGGCAGCAGAAUCACACAAGACUUUGAAAGCUGAUGCUAUUAUUUUCAACACGUUCGAUGAGUUUGAACAAGAAGUGCUAGAUGCCAUUAAAGCCAGAUUUCAUUCCAGGAUUUAUACCAUAGGCCCCUUUACCCUGCUUGAGAAGGGCAUACCCGAGGGCAAGUCCAAGGCAUUUAGAUCCAGCUUAUGGAAAGAGGAUUUAAGCUGUUUAGAGUGGCUUGACAAAAGAGAGCCAGACUCAGUUGUGUAUGUAAACUAUGGCUGUGUUACUACAAUAACAGACAAACAGCUGAAUGAAUUUGCCUGGGGUCUGGCAAAUAGCAAGCAUCCAUUUUUAUGGAUUGUUAGACCUGAUGUUGUGAUGGGUGAAUCUGCAUUGUUGCCUGAGGAGUUUUACGAGGAAGUAAAGGACAGAGGAUUGCUGGUAAGUUGGGUACCGCAAGAUCGUGUUCUGCAACACCCAUCAGUAGGUGUUUUCCUCUCACAUUGUGGAUGGAAUUCAACCAUUGAAUGUGUUUCUGGUGGUAAGCCAAUGAUCUGCUGGCCUUUCUUUGCUGAGCAACAAACAAAUUGCAAAUACGCAUGCGAUGUGUGGAAGACUGGGAUAGAGCUUAGUACUAAUUUGAGUAGAGAUGAACUUGUGGGUGUCAUCAAGGAAGUGAUGGAAACUGAGAGAGGAAGAGAAAUGAGGAGAAGGGCUGUGGAAUGGAGAGAGAAAGCAGAAGCUGCUACCAGUGUUGGAGGAGUAUCUUAUAACAACUUUGAUAGAUUCAUUAAGGAGGCCAUCCUCAAAGAGAACACUCAUUAACAAGUCUCAACCGCUAGUUUUAAUUAAGUUCAAAACGUGUUUGUGAGUUUGGGAGUUAGUUUGUACUGUAUUCCACUAAAUUGUAUUGAAUAAUCGAUUAAUCUCAAAUGCAAUAAGAUUAAUCAUUGAGUUAUUAAUCAA